GCUGCUGGCCCGCCGGCUCACACUUGGUCGCGCUGCGGAGCAGGCAUGGGAGCCGCGCGCGUCCUCCUCCGAGCGCCCACACCUGUCUGAGCAGCACACGGGCCAGCCCGGGCGGGCUGCUCCACGCGGCAGCUCUCAACAUGGCGGGGAUCCCAGGACUCUUCCUCCUUCUCCUCCUGCUCUGUGUCUUCAGGCAGGUGAGUCCCUACAGUAGUCCAUGGAAACCCACUUGGCCGGCUUACCGCCUCCCUGUUGUCUUGCCUCAGUCUACCCUCAACUUAGCCAAGCCAGACUUUGAUGCCAAAGCCAAAUUGGAGGUGUCCUCCUCAUGUGGACCCCAGUGUCACAAGGGAACACCACUGCCCACCUAUGAAGAGGCCAAGCAGUACCUUUCCUAUGAAACCCUCUACGCCAAUGGCAGCCGCACAGAGACUCAGGUGGGCAUCUACAUCCUCAGCAACGCCGAAGGCAGGGCGCGAAGUAGAGACUCCGAGGCCGCGGGAAAAUCUCGUAGGAAGAGGCAGAUUUAUGGCUAUGACGGCCGGUUUAGCAUUUUCGGGAAGGACUUCCUGCUAAACUACCCUUUCUCAACGUCGGUGAAGCUGUCUACGGGAUGCACCGGCACCCUGGUGGCCGAAAAGCACGUCCUUACUGCUGCACACUGCAUACACGACGGGAAAACCUACGUGAAAGGGACGCAGAAACUCCGAGUGGGCUUCCUGAAGCCCAAGUAUAAAGAUGGUGGCAGAGGGGACAACAGCUCGAGCCCAGCCAUGCCUGACAAGAUGAAAUUUCAGUGGAUCCGGGUGAAACGCACCCAUGUGCCCAAGGGGUGGAUCAAAGGCAACGCCAACGACAUCGGCAUGGAUUAUGACUACGCCCUUCUGGAACUCAAGAAACCCCACAAAAGGAAGUUCAUGAAGAUUGGGGUGAGCCCUCCGGCUAAGCAGCUCCCAGGGGGCAGGAUCCACUUCUCUGGCUAUGACAAUGACCGGCCAGGCAAUUUGGUGUACCGUUUCUGUGAUGUCAAAGAUGAGACCUACGACCUUCUCUACCAGCGAUGUGAUGCCCAGCCUGGGGCCAGUGGUUCAGGGGUCUACGUGAGGAUGUGGAAGAGACCACAGCAGAAAUGGGAAAGAAAAAUUAUUGGCAUCUUUUCGGGCCACCAGUGGGUGGAUAUGAAUGGCUCUCCACAGGAUUUCAACGUGGCAGUCAGAAUCACUCCUCUUAAAUAUGCGCAGAUUUGCUACUGGAUUAAAGGGAACUACUUGGAUUGCAGGGAGGGUUGACCCAGCUGCUUCUUCCUGCCAGCACUCCAGGGUCUUUGGGCUCAAGUUGUAGGAGACACCAGCCUUUUAUCAUUGACUCUUGUACCUGUGUGUCAUAUAAUAUCUUUUACCCAACAUUCUUCAAGUGGCAAAAUGAUUGGCUCUAUUAUUUGAAAACUGGUGUGUACGUCAUAGCUUUUAAACGGUCUGAAAACAUACAUUUGUACAGAGAUUUCAAAAUAUUGAUGUUUGGGGCAAUAGGGAAUAUUUGGCAAUUAAGUUAAACUUUCAGUUUUUUUGAGAACUCUUGUUUUUUUUUUUUUUGUCUUAUCCAAGCUUGCUUCAAAAGUUUAUAUUAAAUAUGUGAUAUAUGGAGGAUUUGAA